AUGAAAAACCACUUGCCCGAAACAUCUUAUAAUGUACCCCAACGGGAUGAUAUCAAUCUGUCGUUAAAUUCGAUAGGUGGGUCUAAUGAGUCGUUGGUUUCCCUCGAUGAGUACCUAAGCAACACCCUGCCCUUGCACUUGCAGCGCCUAUUUCUCGAUAAUUUUCAAAAACGAGAGCAGGAAAUCCUGGAGAAUGCCUCUAAAUCUCUGAUGAAUGCUGUGAGUGAUACACAACAGUACUCAGUGCCAGAUGGACUCCAUCUGGCAUUGAAAAGUGGUUAUAUAGACUCGAGACAGGGUUCGUUUUCCUCAUGGUCUUUCGCUCAGGGCCUCAUUGUAGGGCAGGUAAGCGUUAUCCUGGUGCUCAUUUUCUUCAUCAAGUUCUUCGUGUUCAGCGAAGGACCGCUGAAAUCAGAUGGGCCGAAAAGUGGAAAGCCUAGCAGCUCCGAUCUGGAUUUCAAUAAACCACACUUGUCACCAGUGUCUACAUCUCAUUUCUUGUCUUCCAUUAUCCGCAGGCAUAGGGACGAAGCGCUAGAGAGCUCGGAGGACACCGAAAGUCGUAAAUUUUCGCAGAUUGACACCAUCUUGGAGAAAACUUACUACAAUGUGGACACGCAUUCCCCCGAGACUCUGGAUUGGUUCAAUGUGCUCAUUGCUCAAACCAUUCAACAGUUUAGAGAAGAGGCUUUGCAGAAAGACAACAUUGUUCACUCUCUUAACGACUUCGUGUCACGAAGAUCAGAAGAGCUGCCGCAGUACCUGGACACUAUCAAAAUCACUGAACUUGACAUAGGGGAGGAUUUUCCCAUUUUUUCCAAUUGUCGCAUACAGUACUCACCAAACUCCAAUAAGCAGCGGCUGGAAGCCAAGAUUGAUAUUGAUUUGAGCGAUCGACUGGCGUUGGGUAUUGAAACGAAACUCUUGGUCAAUUAUCCCAAAGCUUUUGCAGCUGCUUUGCCUGUUCAGUUGACGGUUUCAGUAGUGCGUUUCCAAGCUUGUCUGACCGUAUCCCUAACAAGUGCUGAGGAAUUCAAGCCGACUGAGGAGGAUGGAGCAUCAUAUGAAUCUGAUAACGGAAGCGGCUAUUUUUUGAUGUUCUCCUUUUCGCCGGAAUACCGUUUAGAAUUUGAUAUUGAGUCUUUGAUAGGUGCGAGAUCAAAGCUUCAAAACAUCCCAAAAAUAGGAAGUCUUAUCGAAUACCAGAUCAAAAAGUGGUUCGUAGAAAGAUGUGUCGAACCACGCUUUCAGUUCAUAAAGCUUCCGAGCCUGUGGCCCAGAAGUAAAAAUACAAGGGAGGAAAAGUCAGAAAAUGACGACGUGUCUAUGAAGUCGGUCGAUGUACAAAACGUUUGA